AUGGAUAUCACCAAGGCCGGCACCGAGCCUGUGAUGGUCAAAUUCUAUCGUCAAUACAUGCAGGUGAUCAACGAUGUUUCUUAUCCCCCCGGCAGUCUUCUGGUCAACCAAGACGUCCAGAAUUGUCUAUACAAGUACUUUUUCGAUGCCACGCAGAACAAAUUUCUCCCGCCGGUUCGGUACCAGGCCAGGAUCUUGAAACAUAUCAUCCAAGAAAUUGAAAAGUCAUGCAAAGAUCCAGAAGAAGAUCAAGUAUCCGACCAACUGAUGGAACAUAUGGCAUAUCUGACCACGAUUCCACAACGAAAUGACUCUGACGAAGCUCAAGAGUUGCAUGUUCAUUCCUACUUCCCGCCGCUACCGCUCGACCAGCAAGGCGUCCAGCCAGUCCUGAUCAAGGAGGCGCGCAAUCUCCUCUCGAGAGGCAACAACGUCGGCCUGCGGACAUGGGAAGCUGCUUUGCAUCUGGCGUGGCACCUGACCGUCCAGCAACCAGACCUUGUGCAGCAUCGCAACGUGCUUGAAUUGGGAGCUGGAACAGGGCUCUUAUCCCUACUUUGCGCGGGACAACUGCAGGCGUCCCAUGUCCUAGCCACAGACGGCCUCGGCCAUGUCUGCGAAAGUCUGCAGCACAACGUCGAUCUCAAUCUGGAAAAUGGUACACUAGAUGGCCACGCUCCACCUGCUGUUCGUCAGCUAGACUGGACAGAUGGUCCGGAGAUCGAUCAAAUGUUGAUGGAAGCCAAUCAGUCCGGCCGACGCUACGGUCUGAUCAUAGGUGCAGACAUCACGUAUCAUCCAGAUAUACUUCGGCCUCUGGCUGAACUACUGAGUACUUUGAAAGCCGCGUUCCCAGAAACAAAGAUAUUGAUUUCCGCGACGAUACGAAGCGACACAUUUGCAACCUUUGUAAAGAUCUGCAAGGAACUCAAGUUUACCGUCUCUGAACUCCCUUGCAUCAUACCCGAUGGUCUACGGUACUGUGGAUUCUUUCACUCCGUAGCUACAGAGAUCAAAAUCGUGUCACUUGAUCGGUGA